AUGCACGGUUCGAAGAGCGAGUACGGUUUUCGGAGACACGCUUUUAGCUUCGCUAGACCGACGGAUUUUCUUGGAACAAUUCGAGAGGAGACACGUGAGAACGCUCGACUGAUUGAUAACUUUGACGGGGUUCCCAAGAAAACGAGUACUAUGACGAAAUCGAGAAGUGUUCCGAAGAAAUCAGCCACUUUUCAUGGAUUGCAUGACUUGAGAAAAUGCAGUGAGUUUUUACAGAAGAAGGGAAGAUUGUUCGAAAUGGGGAUGGAAGGUUACGGUAGGGACUUUGUAGAAUAG